AUGUACAUGGUUGUUCGCCAAGGAGAGAGCAGCAUUUACAUGGCGACAUACAUUACUGCAGAGCCAGACAUUGGUGAGCUGCGCUUCAUUGCUCGCCUGAAGCCGGAUGUGCUGCCGUACGAGUACCCGUACGGUGAUGUCUCAACCACCGCAGAUGGUACCGCCAUUGAAGGCUCUGAUGUGUUCCUUGUCGAUGGAGAGACCAGGUCUAAAUUCUAUUCCUCUACUCGGUUCAUUGAUGAGAAUGUCCACUGCGUCUGGGGUGACACUGUCGAUACAAUCCACGCAUGCAUCAUGACGCCACAGCAAGAGUCGAGCUCCGGCGGACCAUUCUUCCGUGACAUCGAUAACAAUAAUGCCGGCGACAGUACAAACUUGUACAAUUAUAUGAACAGCGGCCACGCGCAGACCGAAUCCUUCCGAACUGGCUUGCAUGGGCCAUAUGUGAUGCAGUUCAGCCGUUCUGGAAUUCCUUCGGUAAAGAGCAUUGACACAUCCUUCUUUAGCGAGCUCAGCGUCACAGGCUAUGUCGCGGCAUCGUCUCGUGGCUAUGUUAGUGGCACCGCGACUGGUGUCUCUAGCUCUUUCCAGGUUGUGGUUCAUUGGUAUAACUCCGCUGCCCAGUACUGGGCGGUCGCUUCUUCUAGCGGAGCCUUCACCUCCCCAGCGAUGAAGCCCGGUACAUACACGAUGGUACUUUACCAGACUGAGUUCAAGGUCGCCAGCACGACUGUGACGGUAUCUGCCGGCCAAACGACUAGCAAGAGCAUUGCCAGUACCUUCUCAACCAGCCACACUACUCUCUUCAAGAUUGGUGAGUAUGAUGGCCAACCUACCGGCUUUCGCAAUGCGGAUAAGUUCCUGCGCAUGCAUCCAUCAGAUAGUCGUAUGAGCAGCUGGGGGCCACUGACUUACACCGUCGGUUCAUCCGCCUUGAGCGACUUUCCUAUGGCCAUCUUUCAAACGGUGAACAACCCCGUGACCAUCAAGUUCACGCUCUCGUCUGCACCUGGUGCUGCAACUCUCCGAAUCGCGACCACGCUUUCUUUUGCCGGCAGCCGUCCACAAGCAAAGGUGAAUAGCUGGACAGGACCGGCCCCGGCCGCCCCAACCAAGAUUGAUAGCCGAGGAGUGACAAGAGGUGCAUACCGAGGCUACGGGGAGGUAUACGAUGUCAGCAUCCCAUCUGGAACACUUGUUGCCGGCAGCAACACAAUCACAAUCACCUCUAUCUCCGGAAGCAGCGGCGAUACGUUCUUGAAUCCAAAUUUCAUCUUCGACUGUGUCGAACUCUUCACAGCGGAGCUACGCAGACGCAAUAUGGCCAAUGCGGGGGCACCGGUUACACUGGGCCUACAGUGUGCGCAAGUCCGUAUUCCUGCACUUAUUCGAAUGAAUACUAUUCGCAAUGUCUCUAAAUAUGCUGAACUAGCAUCCCUCAAAUGA